CUCCAUUUCCAAUUUUCCCUCCAAAUUGAAAGAGGACUAGUGCAUAUCUAGGGUUUCUUAUUUCCCCAAACAAACUAUGGCAGCUUCAUCAUCUUCAUUAUCAAGCCAUGGAUUCGAGAUCCCGUGGGUGGAGAAAUUCCGGCCGACGAAAGUGGCAGAGAUAGUCGGAAACGAAGAUGCUGUUUCCAGGCUUCAAGUCAUCGCACACGAUGGUAACAUGCCCAAUCUGAUUUUAGCUGGUCCACCUGGAACCGGUAAGACCACUAGCAUAUUAGCUCUUGCACAUGAACUACUCGGACCAAAUUACAAGGAGGCUGUUUUAGAGCUGAAUGCAUCAGAUGAUAGAGGCAUUGAUGUUGUCAGAAAUAAAAUUAAGAUGUUUGCGCAGAAGAAAGUUACAUUACCGCCUGGAAGGCACAAAGUAAUUAUUUUGGACGAAGCUGACAGCAUGACAUCUGGAGCACAACAAGCAUUGAGGAGGACAAUGGAAAUAUAUUCAAACUCUACCCGGUUUGCUCUCGCAUGCAACACAUCUGCAAAAAUAAUUGAACCUAUCCAGAGUAGAUGUGCACUUGUUCGAUUUUCAAGGUUGUCUGAUCAGGAGAUUCUUGGACGUCUUAUGGUGGUUGUCGAUGCAGAAAAGGUUCCAUAUGUUCCAGAGGGACUUGAAGCAAUUAUAUUUACUGCUGAUGGUGAUAUGCGACAAGCUUUGAAUAAUUUGCAAGCUACUUUUGCUGGAUUUCGAUUUGUUAACCAAGAAAAUGUUUUCAAGGUAUGUGACCAGCCUCAUCCCUUGCAUGUGAAAAAUAUGGUUCGUCAUGUUGUUGAGGGAAAAUUCGAUGAUGCAUGUUCUGGUCUAAAGCAACUCUAUGAUCUGGGCUAUUCCCCCACUGAUAUCAUCACAACCCUUUUCCGUAUCAUAAAGAACUAUGACAUGGCAGAAUAUUUGAAAUUGGAGUUCAUGAAGGAAACUGGAUUUGCCCAUAUGAGAAUCUGUGAUGGAGUUGGUUCAUAUCUUCAACUAUGUGGUCUGCUUUCUAAGCUCUCUCUUGCUUGUAUCACAGCUAAAGCAGCAUAAAGCAUGAACAUUAGUAUAAGUCCUUUGUAGAAAAAAUAUUUAUGCUUUUGAAGUUUGAGGCUACCGUAUCUUUUCAGACUUGUGCCAGAUAUCUUAAGUUUCUGUUUUGUUUAUGUUUUGUAGACAUGGGUGACUGACUUGGCUAAAUUAGUUCACGAGUCUUAUAGACUGUCGAAUGCCCGUUUCACCCAACUUGUUGGUAACUUGGUAUGUCUUUACGACCAGUUUAAUUUGCUUGCUAAGCUCUGACUCUUAUUUUUGUAUGACCAAGCAAGUUAGCAAGAAAGCUAAAAUAAAGGUUUGAAUUGGUAAUGCA